GAGAGAGAGAGAGAGAGAGAGAGAGAGAGAGAGAAAUGCGAAGGCAAGGGGGAGGUGGAGCGCUUGUAUGAGCUGUGCUGCUGAACAGAGAGGCAGCAUUUGUGUGUUUACCGGUUCAGGAUCACUCAUGCCGGCUCUCGGAUAUGAAAGCUUUCUGGAUCUGAUCUACAGCAUGUUUAUUUUCAGAAUGACUGAAUUGACAUCUUCAAAUUUAGAUGCUUUUCAAGAUUUUUAGGUCAGAUCCUUGGAGCCCUUCUUGUUUCCUCUUGAGGGAUGUAACAUUAAACGGACUGUAAGCAAAGACAUAAAGGGGCUGAGUGACCCAAGAGUUGCUUUCACCUGAGGGAGGACCACCACCCCCUCGUUCCCAUUAUCCCUUGAGCCCCCAGUCUGUAGCUGCCAUGGCACCACGCAAACGUGGAGGUGGAGGUCAUGGCGCGUCCUUUUUCUUCUGCUGCUUCCAGAGCAGCGAUCACCCGGAGAUCACCUACCGUCUUCGGGAGGACUUCGCCCUGCAGACUAUGGAGCCCGCGCUGCCCAUUCCCAGCUACGAUGAGCUGGAUGCCAUGUUCUCUGAGCUGGUGGAUGAGCUGGACCUCACAGAGAAGCACAGAGAGGCCAUGUUUGCCUUACCCGCAGAAAAGAAAUGGCAGAUUUACUGCAGCAAGAAGAAGGAACAAGAGGAGAAUAAAGGUGCUACUAGCUGGCCGGAGUUCUACAUCGACCAGCUUAAUUCAAUGGCAGCUAGGAAGACUCUGUUGGCCUUGGAGAAGGAAGAAGAGGAGGAACGCAACAAGACCAUUGAAAGCCUUAAAACGGCACUGCGAACACAACCCAUGAGGUUUGUGACACGGUUCAUCGAUCUGGAUGGCCUGACAUGCAUCCUGAACUUCCUGAAGAGCAUGGACUACGAGACCACCGAGUCUCAGAUCCACACGUCUCUCAUCGGCUGCAUCAAAGCGCUGAUGAACAACUCUCAGGGCCGCGCUCACGUCCUGUCCCACACAGAGAGCAUCAACAUCAUCGCCCAGAGCCUCGCCACCGACAACAUCAAGACCAAAGUGGCCGUGCUGGAGAUCAUGGGCGCGGUGUGUCUGGUACCCGGCGGACACAAGAAGAUCCUCGAGGCCAUGCUGCACUACCAGAAGUUCGCCUGCGAGCGCACACGAUUUCAGACGUUGCUGAAUGAUCUGGACAAGAGUACAGGGCGGUACAGGGACGAGGUCAGCCUGAAAACGGCCAUCAUGUCCUUCAUUAAUGCUGUGUUAAGCCAAGGAGCUGGUGAAUCCAGUCUUGAGUUCCGGGUACAUUUGCGAUACGAGUUCCUCAUGUUGGGGAUUCAGCCCAUCAUCGACAAACUUAGGUCACAUGAAAACUCCACUUUAGACAGGCAUUUGGAUUACUUUGAGAUGCUGAGAAAUGAUGAUGAGCUCACGUUAUCCAGACGCUUUGAGGCUAUCCACAUAGACACGAAGAGUGCGACGCAGGUGUUUGAGCUUGUGAGGAAGAAACUGGCGCACACAGACGCAUAUCCACACUUCAUGUCUGUCCUUCAUCACUGCCUGCUCAUGCCUCAUAAGAGGAGCGGGAACACAGUGCAGUACUGGCUGCUUCUGGACCGUAUCGUUCAACAGAUGGUCCUGCAGAAUGACAAAGGUCACGAUCCCGAUGCCACGCCGUUAGAAAACUUCAACGUCAAGAAUGUGGUUCGAAUGCUUGUCAAUGAAAAUGAGGUGAAACAGUGGAAGGAGCAGGCGGAGAAAAUGCGAAAAGACCACCAUGAGCUUCAACAGAAAAUGGAGAAGAAGGAGCGAGAGUGUGACGCCAAAACACAGGAGAAGGAGGAGAUGAUGCAGACCCUCAACAAGAUGAAAGAGAAGUUAGAAAGAGAAAUGGGGGAACAUAAACUCGUCAAGCAGCAAGUGGCAGAAAUGACCACCAGACUACAUGAGCUCAGCACGAGACAGAUAGCAAGUGUUCCUGGAGGUCCUCCUGUCUCUGGUCCUCUAGGUGGACCUCUGCUUCCUCCACCUCCUCCACCUCCACCAGGCGGCAUGAUGCCUCCUCCACCGCCUCCUCCACCGUGUGGCGCUAUGAUGCCUCCACCUCCUCCACCACCCCCCGGUGGCCCUCCGCCUCCCCCUGGACGCCCUCCAUUCGGCAGUGCUCCUCCUCCUCCAGGAGCUCCAAUAGGUCCAUCCCUGAAGAAGAAGAACAUUCCUCAACCCUCAAACCCUCUCAAGUCCUUCAACUGGGCCAAACUGUCCGAGAACAAACUUGAAGGCACAGUCUGGGCAGACGUUGAUGAUGGCAGAGUUUUCAAAAUCCUGGAUUUAGAGGACAUCGAGAAGACCUUCUCUGCCUACCAGAGGCAACAGGACUUCUUUAUGGUCAAUAACAACAAGCAGAAAGAGACUGAGGACGAUACGUUGAGCUCCAAGAAAGUCAAAGAGCUUUCAGUCAUCGAUGGCCGACGGGCUCAGAACUGCAACAUCCUUCUGUCACGAUUGAAACUUUCCAACGAGGAAAUAAAGAGAGCCAUUCUGACUAUGGAUGAACAGGAAGAUCUGCCCAAGGACAUGUUGGAGCAGAUGCUGAAGUUUGUCCCAGAGAAGAGUGACGUGGACCUUCUAGAAGAGCACAAACAUGAGCUGGACCGCAUGGCGAAAGCAGACCGUUUCCUCUAUGAAAUGAGCAGAAUAAACCAUUACCAGCAGAGGUUACAGUCUUUGUACUUCAAGAAGAAGUUUGCUGAGAGGAUUGCAGAAAUUAAACCUAAAGUAGAAGCACUGACCAAAGCCUCAAAAGAGGUGCUGCACAGCAGAAAUUUCAAGCAGUUGCUGGAGGUGGUGCUGGCGUUCGGAAACUACAUGAACAAAGGACAAAGAGGAAACGCAUACGGCUUCAAAAUCUCCUCACUCAACAAGAUUGCAGACACCAAGUCCAGCAUUGACAAGAAUAUCACUCUCCUGCACUACCUGAUCACCAUUCUGGAAAAGAAGUACUCCAAAGUCAUGCUCUUCCAAGAGGAGCUGAAGAACGUGCCGGAAGCUGCAAAAGUCAACAUGACUGAACUGGAGAAAGAGAUCAAUAACCUCCGCAGUGGCUUGAAGAGCGUAGAGAGUGAGUUGGACUUCCAGAAGAAGCGUCCUCAGGAGUACGGGGAUAAGUUUGUGUCUGUGGUCAGUCAGUUCAUCACAGUGGCCAGUUUCAGCUUCUCUGAUGUGGAGGACUCCCUCUGUGAGGCCAAAGAGCUGUUCAUCAAGACAGUCAAGCACUUCGGUGAGGACGCUGAUAAGAUGCAGCCUGAUGAGUUCUUUGGGAUUUUCGACCAGUUCUUGCAAUCCUUUGCAGAGGCUCGUCAAGAGAACGAGAACAUACGCCGGCGCAAAGAGGAGGAGGAGCGCAGGGCACGAAUGGAGGCUCAGCUAAAGGAGCAGAGAGAGAAAGAGAGGAAGGCCCGGAAAGCCAAAGAGAACGGAGAGGACGACGGCGGCGAGUUUGACGAUCUUGUUUCGGCUUUACGUUCUGGAGAGGUUUUCGACAAAGACCUGUCGAAGAUGAAGCGCAACCGCAAACGCAUCAACAGCCAGACGUCAGACAGCGGCAGAGAGCGUCCCAUUACCAAGCUCAACUUCUAAAACCACUGAGACGCAUUUCACUACAACCAAACAACCUCCCUGCAGUGGCGAAUGUCUGGAGAACAUCUCCGAUUGAAAAUACGUAAAUAAAUAAAUAAACACAAUCCCGGGUAGCGGAGGUAAGCAUGUCUACCCGAAAACGAUAAUAAAAAAACUGAAAGCAGAGAGAAAAAAGACUCUCAGGAUUUAAGAAUACGGCUGCCAAAUGAACUUAAUUUAAUGAUUCAUUUCGUCAUGAGUGCUGGAGCACCAGGACUUUUAUUUUUUAUCGGAGACUGAGACAAAUGAGAGUUUGCUGUUCGGAUAUGAGUCGGAAUCUUGUGUUCAUUUGCCUGCAAAUAUCUCAUCAAUCUCUUACUGUAACAAAAACAAACGGCCAAAAGUGAUAGCAACUGUUGGCAUGCUUAACCCUUCAUUUCUGACUGAUUCAAGACGAAUAAACGAAUGCUUAUUUAAGGAAGUGUAAUGACAAGCUUCUGUACAUAUGUCACUGAAAAGCUGUAUAGUGACUGAGGGGUUUGUUCAUUUUUUAAAUAAUACACAUAGAGUGUUUUAAACACCCGCUUCGAAUGUUAUCUCUCGAUUGAAUGGGCGUCAGUGGUUUUCCGGUAAUACAUAUGGGCCAGUAGGAGCCUUCUGCGCCUACUGGUAGGCUAAUCAGCAAUACUAAUAGAGAAGACUCCAGAUCUGUUUUUACAUUACUGUGGGUUUAAGGUUGAGGUAGAGGUAGUAGAUGUUCAUGUAAUACAAUUAAUGGGAAAGUUAAUAAAUAUUAUAUUAUUUAUCAUUUUUAAAUAUAAUAAUAAUAAUUAUUGUUAACUUAUGUAAUCUAUAGCUGAUUAACCAUGUAGAUGGAUGGUAACAGCCUUCCGAGCCUACCAGUAGGCGCAGAAAGCCCCUACUGCCCCAUAUCUAUCAGCUGAUAACCACUGACACCCAUUCAAUUGAGUGAUAGCAUUCAAAUAGGCUGGUUUUUAAGGAAUAAUACUGACUUCAAUAACCAGGGCUGCGGGUUGCUUAUUUCAGAAAGACGACUGCAUUGUGAUAUCCGGUACAGUUCAACUGAGAAUGAUUGUUUGUUUGUUUUUUAAAGGUUUGUUUUUAGGGGCUUCUGGUGCCCAUGUUGUCUUAAACACUGUGGAUGGUCAUUGUACAGACUCUAUGCAGUUUCUGAUGUCAAGUGUUGGUCUCUCUGUCUGAGGACUUUUCAUGUGAAAUGUGGUUAUAUAUAAAUAUUUAAAAUGAUCUGUAAGUUAACUGGAUCAAGGCAAUACUUUUCUUUCUUUGCAGUCUUCCCUCCUCUCUGGAGUCUCUCUUGGCUUUUUUUAAAUGAGCAGCCUAGUUGGAUGGUGUGAAAGAGUUUCCUUUUCGGUGUAAGAUACCUCCGUUGGACUUUUAUAAUUUAAGGAAAACACAGCCUUCCAUUGUAGGAUGAAUCAUGAGAGAAUAAAUGGAAGAAUCUGAAAAGAA